GGGGCUUCGCGGCUCAGUAUAGCCGGAGCAGCCGGUGUGGACGAGUCCCAGAUUUGGGUGUUGACUCUUAAAAAAAAUGGCUCCCCCAAAAGUCCACUGGCUUCUACCAAUUGUUUUGGUCUCCUUCGUCACGUGUGUUCUUGCCAGAAGAGGACAAGAUGUACGUUGUGGAGCUUGCCGGGCUCUCGUUGAUGAAACAGAGUGGGAAAUCUCUCAAGUGAAUCCAAAGAGGACAAUUCAGAAAGGAUCUUUUCGAAUAAAUCCAGAUGGGUCCCAGUCGGUAAUAGAAGUACCUUAUGCCAGAUCAGAAACUCAUCUUACUGAGCUACUGGAGCAUGUGUGUGAAAAGAUGACAGAGUAUGGUGAGAAGACAGACCCAGAAACACACCGCAAAACCUACGUGCGAGUCCUUUCUCGGGAUGGCAAAAAGUUAGAUGCAUCUGCAACAAACAUUGAUAAAAAAGUAAUCGACAACUUGAAGUCCACAUGUGAACACAUUGUUGAAGUACAUGAAGAUGAAACUGUUUGAAUUCUUCUCUCGUGAAACAGAAAAUGUAAAGGACAAACUGUGCAGUAAACGUACAGACCUCUGCGACCACGCUAUACAUAUAACCCAUGAUGAACUUUGA